AGGUCUCAGGUGUUAAGCACCAUGUGAUGCAGAAGAUUUCAGUUGAUUUAAGUCUUAGUCAGGUGUAUAGAUCAAGGAAGGCAGCUAAGGGGCUGAUUACUGGGAAUGAAGAGGCUCAGUAUGGCCUACUUAGAGAUUAUGCAGAAAUGAUAUUAAGGACAGAUGUAGGAAGUAGGGUGAUUCUGCAAACAGAGAUGGAAAAUGAGAAUGUAGAGCCCAAGUUUAAAAGGAUGUACAUUAGGUACAAUGCUCAAAAAGUUGGCUUUCUAGGUGGUUGUAGACCCUUUGUUGGGAUGGAUGGAUGCCACUUGAAAGGUAGGUUUGGUGGGCAAUUGUUGUCUGCCACUGCCAAGGAUGGAAAUGACAAUAUAUUCCCAGUGGCAAUGGCUGUGGUUGAGCAAGAGAACAAGGAUAGCUGGACCUGGUUCUUGGAGCAGUUUGCUGAUGACAUUGGCAGGCCAGAUGAGCUCAAUUUGGUAUUCAUCAGUGACAGGCAGAAGGGCCUUUUACCUGCAAUGGAGACUCUAUUCCCAACUGUGGAGCACAGGUAUUGUGUGAAGCACAUAUACAACAACUUCAAGGUUAACCACAAGGGCAUGGAGUUGAAGAGUGUACUGUGGAGGUGUGCUAGCACAACAUCAGUUAGGGAAUUUGAGAGAGGAAUGGACCAUCUUAAGAGUUUGGAUGAAGAAGCUUGGCAGUACCUGGCUGAUAUAGAGCCUGCACAGUGGACGAGAUCCCACUUUUCUUCAAGAGCUUUGACAGAUUGUAUGGUAAACAAUCUGAGUGAGAGUUUUAACUCUAUGAUUGUGAAGGCUAAAGACAAGCCUAUCUUAUCAAUGCUGGAGUGGAUCAGAGUUAGGCUUAUGAGCAGGCUGUAUAUAAAGAAGGCUGGCAUAGAAAAGUAUAGUGGCAAUUUGUGUCCAAGCAUACAAAAAAAGUUGGAGCAGUUAAAAUUAGAGUGUAAAAGUUUCUGUGCAGUUCCUUCUGGGAGGUUUGUGUAUGAGGUUGACAAUGAGAGGGAAAGGCAUGUGGUGGACUUGGUAAAUAGGACAUGCAGUUGUAGAGUAUGGGACUUGACAGGAAUCCCUUGCAAGCAUGGAGUUGCAGCCAUUUUUGUGAAUCGUGAGAAACCAGAAGACUACACCCAUCCAUGCUACUACAAGGAUGCUUAUGUGGAGACAUACAAGACACCCAUACCUCCCUUACCUGGCCAGUCUGAGUGGAUGUCAAGUGGCCAACCCAAGCCUGUUGCACCUACUGUCUAUAAGCCAACAGGCAAGCCACCCAUGAAAAGGAAGAGAGAUGCUGAUGAGCCGAACCCUUAUAAGGUGUCUAGAGGAAACAGGCCAGUGAGGUGUGGAAGGUGUCAACAGGAAGGGCACAAUGCAAGGGGAUGCAAGGCCAAUGUCACUGGUGAGACAGCAUGGGAGAGGAGGCAGAAAUUGCAGAAAGGGAAAUCUGGAAGUAGAAGGCCUUCUACACACAAACAAGGAUCCCAGGCCCCAUCUUCAUCACAGACCCAAUCCUCAGCUCAGCCUCCACCAACACAUCAGCCUUACCCUAUGGCCUCAUCCAACCAGGCAGCAGGGUCACAGCCACAAGCUCCAGCUCCACAGCCUGGGCCACAAGCUCCAUGGUUAGGGCCACAAGCUCCAUGGUCACGGAACCCAAGUCAAUGGUACUCUUCAAACUUCAGGUACACAAUUAGAGGAGCUCCUUGGUUCUCUUCAAGCCAGCCAACACCACACACCCCUGCAGAAACAUGGGACAAUAGACCACUAUCAUCACAGCCUACAAGACCACCUGCUACCAGAGAAGCUGCUUUGAGAGGAAGGGGUGAUGCAACUAGAGCUUAGAAAUGUAGAACAAGAGGUGGAAAGGUCAGCUGUGGUGGGAGAGGCAAGGGCAGUAAAUGAAGACUAAGUCAAGACACUUUUGUUGCUAUGUAUAAUGUAUUAGGGUUAUGUAGUGUUAGGGUUUUAUGUAGUGUUAGGGUUAGGCAGGGCAGACAAUGGCAGGGCAGACAAUGGCAAGACACUUUUUAAUAUAGCUGUUUAAACACUUUUUGUAUUUUUGUAAGUUUUGUAAACAUUGGGCAGCUGCAACUCUUUUGGUUGUUGUACCAAAUGCCUUAUAUUUACUGGUGGUUGAUGAAAGACUAUUCAAUGCCACCUUAAAAUAUGUAUACAAUUUCCCAACUUAA